UGCGUCCUUUGCCCAGAUGGUUAGUGCUCUCCGCAAGCAUCCUUCAAGAGCGAUGUCUGGUGCUAGCCAGCUGUCAGUCAUUAUCGAUCCAACAGAAAUAAACAAAUCGAAUUUCGGUGAUUUUUCUUGUGAAUUACCCGCUAAAUUUCAGAACAGAUCACCUGAAUUUUCCACCCAAUUGUACCGACCGAGUGUUUGGAUUGCAACCGGCUGGCAUCCCCAUACAACAUGAACAAUUACAACUACAACUCAUACCCGGAUAACUACAAUAACUACAAUGAUUCCGGAUCUAAUUCCGACUUUUCGAACGUCCCGUUCUACUUGAUGUCGCAAAACGCUUCCAUGGGUGGAGGCGGAGGAGGAGGAAACGAUGGCAAUGCACCGAACUACAACAAUCGCAGCCAGUACAAUUAUUCCAUGAACAGCUCGCAGUCAUCAAACAGCUACUCGUCGAGCUCCUACGGGUACGGAGGCGGAUCGCAAAAUCAAGCGCAGUACCAGUACAGCGCCACUAUGUCGUCGGACAUGAGUUCGAGCCUCCCGUUCACCUAUGCCGACAAUGGCUCGGACAACAACAAACGAAAGAACCGCGGACAGCAACCGUGGGUCAAACGCGAUUCCCUGAAGCGCCCUGCUCCGUACGCCGGGGCUCGUGGAAUGAAUCUUAUGCAGAAAAUGGGCUGGAACCCGGGCCAGGGACUCGGUCGGCGGGAAAAUGGCGAACUGGAACCGUCGUUCCCCGACAUCAAGAUGGACAAGCGCGGUUUGGAUGCCGGUAAAAAGCUAAGCGUACCGAUUAACGUAAGAUCUGAGGGUGGACGCAAGCUCCAGAUGGCUACGAUUAAGCUUGUCACGGAAGGCAAAAAUCCGCUAUCGAUUCUGGAGGAGUACUGCAGCAAGAGGAAGUUGGAAGCACCUAAGUAUGCGGCGGUCGUUGAUGAAGGCCCGGUUCAUGCCAAGAAUUACGUGUUCAAAGUAACCGUGGACGGAGUGGAUUAUACGGCCGAGAAGGGCAGCAAUGUUAAGAAAUCGGCCCGGCUGGAAGCAGCCAAGAAGUGUUUGAAAGAUUUGGGAGUUUUGACACAAGAAUAAGUAAUGCUAAAAGCAUUUGCAUUGGAAGUUUUGAUUUUAAUGUUUGAUUCAUGAAUAAUUUGUAUCAAAUUAAUUGACAUGUCUGCACUACUAUUCGGUAUUCUAUAAAUGGUAAUAA